ACAGCUCAGCAGUCAGCUAAACACAGUGGUGAGACACGGCAGCUCAACAACAUGUUGCUUUCCAAUCAAGCAGCCUUGGUGAGGAUGCUCCUGCAGCUGUGUAUUAGUAAUGUGCACUCUAUUCUUUCGGAAGUGGUGAGACGAGUGUUUUCUUUUUGGAUGAGAGAGAACCGGACGCAGGUGAGCAUGCAGCCCAAACGCCCUAAACUCAGCAGCACGGCGCCAAAUGAAGUCACAACACCGAGCAGUGUGAAUUAUCAUUUUACCCGCCAGUGCAAUUAUAAAUGCGGCUUUUGCUUUCACACGGCAAAGACGUCCUUCGUCUUGCCUCUAGAUGAGGCAAAGAGAGGGCUACUACUCCUGAAAGAAGCAGGAAUGGAGAAAAUCAACUUCUCGGGUGGAGAACCUUUCUUGCACCAGAAGGGUGUCUUUCUGGGAGAACUGGUGCAAUACUGCAAACAAGAGCUUCAGUUACCGAGCGUCAGUAUCGUCAGCAAUGGAAGCAUGAUCAAGGAAAAGUGGUUCCAGAAAUAUGGAGAGUAUUUGGACAUUCUAGCAGUAUCCUGUGACAGCUUUAAUGAGGAAACCAACCAAGUAAUCGGUCGAGCCCAGGGCAGAAAAAGCCACAUAGACAACCUGUACAAAGUGCGGAACUGGUGCAGACAGUACAGAGUGGCUUUCAAAAUCAACUCAGUCAUCAACACCUUCAAUGUUCAGGAAGACAUGACUGAGCACAUCACUGGCCUUAAUCCUGUGCGCUGGAAGGUGUUUCAGUGCCUCCUGAUUGAGGGUGAGAACACAGGCGAGAAUAGCCUUCGAGAGGCAGAGAAAUUUCUCAUCACUGAUCAAGAGUUCCAGGAUUUCCUAGACCGCCACCAAAGCAUAAAAUGUCUUGUCCCAGAGUCGAAUCAAAAGAUGAAAGACUCCUACUUGAUUUUGGAUGAAUAUAUGCGCUUCCUUGAUUGUCGAGCAGGCAGAAAAGACCCAUCAAAGUCCAUUCUGGAUGUCAGGGUAGAGGAAGCUAUAAAGUUCAGUGGAUUUGAUGAGAGGAUGUUUCUGAAAAGAGGGGGCAAAUAUGUGUGGAGCAAAGCAGAUAUGAAGCUUGAGUGGUGAUAUCCCGCAGUGUCAAUCACAUGUAAUAGUUGUUAGCCUAAAGUUGACUGCACUUUUAUUUAAGUUUCUAUUUUAACAACCACUUAAAGGAAGCAAUUUUAUUUCAUUUUGUAUUUAUGUUUUAAGGCUUUUAUUGUUAUUAAUUUCAUUUUAACAGUCACUUAAACAGCAUUAUUUUAGCUUAUAUUUAUUAGCUUAUUAUUAUUUAAGCAUUAUUUUAUUUUAUUCUAUUCCAUUUUUCCAUGUUUAAAGCUAUUAGUAUGCUAUUGGUAGCAGUUCUGCAAAAUACUAUUUUAUGCCCUUUUAAAAAAACAAAUGUAUUG